AGCUGCUACACUUUGGUCCAGGCUGUGAGGGCGGUGUGCAGAUUAGAAUUGCUGCAAUGGACGAGCCGUGUGUGUCCCACAGCAGUCCCCAGCGCAGUGGAGGUCAGGCCGGCACAGAGGUCCAGCGGCAGGGACGACCCAGUGUCAUCAGGUGUGGGUGGCUCAGGAAGCAGGGAGGAUUUGUCAAGACUUGGCACAGUCGCUGGUUUGUUCUGCGAGGGGACCAACUCCACUAUUACAAAGACGAGGAGGAGACCAAGGCCAUGGGAGCCAUUUUCUUACCUGGAAACAAAGUUACAGAACAUCCGACCAGCGGCGAUGAAGGAGGGAAAUUUCUCUUCGAGAUCAUUUCAGUUCAGAAGUCUGACUCACAAACGGACUUGAACCACACUGCCAACACUUCACCACAAGGACUAACACAUGCACUACUCCAGGAGACUGUAAGGAAACAUGGACUGCAACACUAA